UAUUCUAACUGCACCUCGAAAUCGCCUGCUGCUCCUCCGUCUCUUGUCAUCGUCAUCUGCGGCGGCGGCGUGAGCCGAGCUGGGCGCGACUACUGCACACCCGAACGCGUAUAGCUCCGCGUGUUUACGCAAUCAUCAAUUAAGGCUAAUAAAUAUACCGAGUGAGUAGCCGCUGCUGCUGCUCACGCCUCUCAUACAUAUACACGCGAUACAUACAUACUCUCGACGAAAUUCUCGCACCAACGUACGAUCGAUUUGUCGUGCGAUAAGUAAGCGUAGGCUGCUCACUCGCGAGCACGUGUGUCACGUAUAUUUGAUCGGCUGCUGCGGCUCUUCUGCUGUUGCUUCUGCUGCUGCUGCUACUGCUGCCUCGUCGUCUUCUUCUUGCCAUUGUCAAUUUUGCUGCAACGAUAUGUGCUGAGACCAAGAGAAGAUCCAUCGACAUGACAAUCACACUGCAGCUCGUACUUCUCGUCGUUACCCUUUUUCUCAUUUACGCGGCGGUUUUUGGAUUUUCUAAUAAAAGGCCCAACAAACGUCCUCCAGGACCAUUUGCAUGGCCGUACUUUGGAAACGUGCGGCUGUUACGCGGCCUCAGCGGCAAGUUGGGCGGUCAGCACGAGGCACUCUACCACCUGUCCAAACAGUACAAGAGCCCGCUGAUAAGUCUGCGCUUCGGCAAUCGCGACACGGUCGUCGUGUCGGGCAUCAAGGCCAUCAACCAAGUGCUCAACGGCGAGGAGUACGAUGGUCGGCCCUGGAACUAUUUCAUCCAGAUGCGUAAUAUGGGCAAGAAGAGAGGUUUGACGAUGAACGACGGAGAAGUUUGGCGCGACAUUCGAAGCUGGUUCGUGAGGAGUAUGCGCUCGAUCGGCUUCGCGCGGCGAGAAAUGGUCGACUCCAUCAAGGAGGAGCUGCGCGAGGUGCUCGACAAAAUCAAACUCGACAGCGACGUGCGAUCCAUGAAGCCGCUCAUUGUACCGGCAAUCAUCAAUAUUUUGUGGAACUUUGCCGCGGGCCAACGAUUGAGCGAAGACAAACUAAAGUCUUUGAUCGAGUUGAUGGAUAAGCGAGCCAAAUCUCUCGACAUGAUGGGUGGUAUCCUAUCGGCCUUUCCCUGGAUUCGUUUUAUCGCUCCCGAAUGGUCGGGUUACAAUGUCCUCGUGGCCAUCAACAAUGAAUUCAAGGCCUUGAUUAUGGAGACCAUCGAAGAACACAAGAAAAACUACGUACCUGGAAGCGAAACCGAUCUCAUCGACAUGUUUCUCAAUGAAAUGUACUCUGGUAAAGGUCCACAGGCCGGUUACGAUGACGAUCAAUUGGUCAUGAUACUGGUGGACAUUUUACUGGCCGGUUUGAACAUCACCGCGACUACGCUAGAUUUUCUGUUUCUCAACAUGGUCAUCAAUCAAGAUGCACAGAAAUUGUUGCACGAAGAGAUCGACCAAACGAUCGGCAUGGAUAAAUCACCCGAUUUCAAUGAUCAAUCCAGAAUGCCGUACACCGAAUCUGUGAUACUUGAAAGUCAGAGGCUGGCGCCGGUCGUACCGGUCAUAGGGCCCAGACGAGUACUGCGCGACACGUGCCUCGAGGGCUACGACCUGCCCAAGGACUCGAUCCUCGUGAUGAAUUUGCGCUCGAUUCACGUCGACCCCGAGCUCUACCCCGAGCCCUACGAGUUCAAGCCCGAGCGCUUCAUUCGGGAUGGACAUAGGAUUUGCGACAAAAAUCUCUUCUUCUUCGGCAAAGGUAAACGCCAAUGUCCUGGUUUGUCGUUGGCCAAGUCGGCAGUAUUUCUCCUCUUCACGGGCAUAAUGCAGCAUUACGAGCUGAAGCCCGUUCCCGGUAAGCCGGCUCCCACUUUGCAGUACAAUCCAGGCAUGACCAUGUCUCCCAAGCCCUACGAAGUAUUAGUGGUACCGAGAGAUGCAACGAGCUAAGCAUCGUGACUCGAGUUGCUCGGACAGCCUCUUAAGCGCGAUUUAUGUGAAGCAAUUGUCAUGACAGAAACCCCAAGGCCAAGCCUGCAAGGAUACAUAUUUAUAUUAGGUCAAUUUUAUGAAAGUUUCCUCGUUUUACCAAAUAAUGUAAGAAUAUCAAAGACUUUCAAUUGUACAUUUCUAACUCUGAGCUGUGCAUAUUUUCAUAAGAAAAAAAACAUCUGCAUGAAUUGAUGUUCAACUUAAGUUGUAUAAGUUAUUUUAUGAAUAUAAUAUGUAACAGUAAUAUUUUAAAAAAAAUUGAAUUUUUAAAAUUCACUUUUAUAUUUCUAGAUAAUUUGUUGUGCUUUAAGCAUGUAACGUCUUGAUUUAUCAUCACGCCAAUAUUUUAUGAACAAAUUUAUUAAAUUGU